AUGCGGGGGGCAGGACCAACGUCUAAUCCUCACAAGCGAGACCUCUCCCAGUCGCUCGAGGCUGCCCAGUCGCCCGACUCGGCGGUCUCCUCGCCCGCAAAUUAUGGUUCGGGCCAUGACGUUGGCUCUGCGGGACCAGAAGAGCAGCGCUCGAAGAAGCGGCGCGGCGCUCCUGGCUCGAGGGGUGUGGCGAAUCUCACGCCGGAACAGCUGGCGAAGAAGAGAGCCAAUGAUCGUGAGGCGCAACGCGCGAUACGAGAGCGCACGAAGAACCAGAUCGAAACACUCGAGAACAGGAUACGCGAGCUGACCUCGCAGCAGCCGUAUCAGGAGCUGCAGGCCGUGAUCCGGGCCAAAGAGGCAGUCGAGGCGGAGAAUGCCGAGAUCAAGAACCGACUGGCCACAAUCAUGUCCAUCAUCCGACCAAUGAUGGGCAGUCAAGAAGCAGAAGGGGGAUAUCCGUCGCCGAUACCAACCUCUCUGCAGACGUCCCCUACAGACAAGCAAAUGCCGGCCGUGCCACCAGUACCACCAGCAAACAAGCCUUCGCCCGCCCAGAGCGCGCCGUCGCCUGCAGCGGCUGACAACCCUUGGUCAUCCAAUCCGGCAGCACUCGACGCUCCGCAUGCCGGCGGUCUACCGAGCCCUCACUUCAACCAGUACCAAUUGAUCACGCAGCAACGGAAGCAUUCGACGAACAAUCUGGACAUGGGAUCGGGCGAGCACCUCAAGCUCGACUUUCUGCUGGAUUCCAACCAGCGCAUAAAUCGCAUGCCGACGGGGGUCAACGGGGCUCAAGACACGGCUGCGUACCACCAUCUGGCCAUGAAGCAUGACUGGUCCGCACAAUUACACCAUCAUCAGCAGACUCAAAGUAGCUCUGCAUUUACCGGUAGCUCGCCACAUAGCCAGACAAGCUACGUAUAUUCUCCGGCAGAGACCACCGGACAGAGUCCUGAUGCGCCCUGGGACGGCAGCUCAGGUCUCACGAUCAAGAACAGUGCAGCAACAUGUCCCCUGGACAACUUGCUUCUCGACUUUCUACAUGAGCGGCGGCAGCGUGCAGCGGAAGGGGUACCAACACACGAAGUCAUCGGCCCUCGGUAUCCGUCCGUGUCUUCGCUGCUGAACCCCGCCAACAGCGUCUACUCACAUCCAUUGUCCAAGGUGUUCACAGACAUCUUGGCCACUUUCCCCGGCAUCUGCACAUUGCCCGAAAAGGUCGCGGUCUUGUACGUCAUGUUUGUGCAGAUGCGGUGGUCGAUCAGUCCCACACAGGAGAACUAUGACACUCUGCCGCACUUUAUCCGUCCGACGACGAAGCAGCUCACGAUCCCUCACCCGGUAUGGCUCGAUCACCUGCCGUUCCCGGGGAUGCGGGACAAGCUCAUAUCAGACCCGCUGCCAGACGAUCUGUUUGACAACUUCUUCAUCCCUUUUACGAGCACGAUAUCGCUCAACUGGCCGUACGAGGAGACGGACGUCUUUCUGCAGACUCCCGACGGCUCGGAAAUCAUGAUCAACCCCGUCUUUGAGCGGCACAUGCGCCGUGGGGAGAACUGGACCCUGGGCGACGCCUUUGACAAGACGUUUCCGAAUCUGCGGGGCACGUAUAAUCUCAAGAGGUCUCGGAGGAGGAAGAGCACGGCGGGUCAAGAGGACGGACGGGGAGUUGUUGGUGAUGAGUGA